AAAAAAUCGAUUCUACACCAAACUGCAUAAAAAAGGCUGACCCUCGUUCUAACAUCAAAAAAGGACAAAUAGUCAUGGCUCUGAUUGUCACUAUCAAAAAGGAAAACAAAGAGCCUGUUGGCACUCGAAUUUUUGUGCCAGUAUUAGCGGAAUUUGAUUACUGGGGAUAUAAGAAAGUUUUCUCCUUGGCCCCCGAAGUUUUAUAG